CUUGGGAUUUGAUCCAUUGACAUCAAAGUGUUUCUAUAAAUUUCAUCCGAUCCUGUCUCCAUGUCAUCAUAUCCCCUCGCUCUCCUUUCUACAUACCCAUCACAGAAAAGAAAGCCGAAAAUGGUGCCCUCUAGGUCUUCCGCCUUUGUGUUUUUAUUUGUCUCCAUAUCCAUGUCCUUAAACUGGUCUCUUGCUUUUACUAACCAAGGUACAAAAAUGGGCCGUUCGGAAUUGGUCGAAGAUGGUCAUAAUGGGUUUACGAUGAUGAGAAGAGGAGGCGCUGCUAUCCUCCUCGAACACAAGGCAGGCGUUGGUGAAGGGCAGCGGCGAGGAGCAUCGGAGGGCGAAAAUGGAAGGAAGGAAGAUAAUGGGGAGGAGAACAGGAGGAAAGAAACGGAGGAGGAGGAGGCAGGGUCAACAUAAUGCAAAAGAUCCCAUUCAUAUUGCCGCUCAUUCAUCAUCACUGCAUACUACUGAUCAUGAUAGCCAUGCAGCAGCAACACCCAGUUCAUCACUGGAUUUCACUGCCGAUUAUCAUAUGCCCAGGCCACACCCUCCUAAGAAUAAUUGACGAUGAAUCCAUUAUCCAUAUAAUUGAUGAAUGAUGUUCCAUCAUAAUUAUUAACAAUCUUAUUAAAUAUAUGCAUGAUUCGAUAACCGACCCGGCCCGGCCCAUAUGUGUGUGUGCGCGCAUAUGCAUGGUCGCAUGGACAUAGUCCUUCCUUUUUCAGUUAUAGAAAUUGUUCUGAUAAAUAGACUCAAACUUAGACAAAAUGCACUACUAAUAGGACUACAAGCAUUUUAUUUCCGAAAUAGAACAUAUUUAAUCCUAUUAAAAGUAUAAAACUACUCCUAUUAAGAUCAGAGUGAAUAAAUCCUAUAUGUGCAACUGUGCACUUUGUUUAUGUUUAAUCCUAUAUAAGAAUUUUCUCUUUUACGGAGUACGUAAUUAUUACUAGUAACAUCUAUUAAAGAAAGUAGUGAAGUUUAUGUUCUAGCUAGCUUACCAACAAGUUGCU